AUGCGAGACGGUGCACAUCCAGCAGUUAGCAUGUUCUUCCUCUAUCCGUGGCUUGCUGCCUUCCCAUAUUUCAGCACUGUAGCUAAAAUGAUGCUGAGCUACCGCGAUGCUUUCUUCUCAUUUUUCGAUAGGCAAAUUGCUGAACAUAAGAAAGUUAUAAAUUAUGACACUGACGAGACCAACGACUAUGUAGAAGCGUUUCUGAAAGAACAACGAAGAAGGGAGGCUGAAGGGGAUAAAGAAUCAUUCAGUCAAGUUCAACUAACAAAUGUUUGCUUGGAUAUGUGGUUUGCUGGUAUGGAAACAACAUCAAAUACCCUUUCCUGGGGUGUGGUCUAUCUUCUGAAUCAUCCGGAGGUUCAGGAUAAAAUGCAUGAAGAGCUUGAUCGAGUGAUUGGUUCAAGUCGAGCUAUCACUAUGGCUGACAAGAAUAAUCUACCUUAUGUCAACGCAGUUAUGAAUGAAGUUCAACGAAUAGCCAACCUCCUUCCAAUGAAUUUACCCCACGAAACAGUGCGAGACGUUUGUAUCGGAAAAUGGAACAUUCCAGCAAAAACCGGUGUCAUCGCUCAAAUAAGCAGCGUUCUCUACGAUGAAGAGGUAUUUCCUGAUCCGCUGAGCUUCAACCCUUCAAGGUUCAUCGACAGCAAUGGCAAGCUGAAGAAAGUGGACGAAUUAAUACCAUUUUCUAUUGGCAAGCGGCAAUGUUUGGGUGAAGGACUAGCGAAAAUGGAGUUAUUUCUUUUUAUGGCAAAUCUGCUGAACCGCUUCAAGGUGAGGAAGUCCUGAAC